AUGGACAGCAAUCCUAGUAACAAUAAUAGUGAAUACGAUUUACCUUAUGAAGAAGAGCUCAAACGUAAUCCUUACAACCUUCACUCUUGGUUGAAAUACAUUGACUAUAAGAAGAGCAGCGGCACUUUUGAAGAACUUUGUCAUGUCUAUGAACGUUCUGUUCAAGAGUUACCAGGCUCAUACAAAUUAUGGAAACAAUAUCUUGAUUUGCGUUGCAAUAAACUAAAGGGUGUCAAUGCUGCUCGAGAACAAGACAAGUAUAAUCAAGUGCUUGCUUUAUAUGAACGCUCUUUUAUGUUGCUACAUAAAAUGCCUCGAAUUUGGUUAGAUUAUCUUUCCUUAUUAACAACCAUGCCUGUCAUCACUAGAACAAGACGAGCAUUUGACGAGGCCCUACGUGCUCUUCCUGUCACUCAACACAGCCGAAUAUGGGAGCUUUACUUAAAGUUUGCUAAAGCAGCAGGUGGAGAAACAGCUGUUGCGAUUUACAAACGUUAUAUAAAACUUGAACCUACAUUUAUUGAAAAAUACAUUGAAGAAUUGAUCCGACUUGAACGUUAUGAUGAAGCAGCAGUUCAGCUAGUGAAAAUAGUAGACGAUAAUAAAUUUAAAUCUAUACGUGGAAAAUCAAACUAUCAACUAUGGCAGGAUCUGUGUGAGCUAGUCGUAGAACACUGUGAUGACAUUACGAGUAUCAAUGUGGAAGCUAUUAUUCGAAGUGGUAUCAAGCGAUUUACAGAUCAAGUCGGUAUACUUUACUGUCGACUAGCCAUGUACUGGAUCAGAAUGGGUCAAUUAGAAAGAGCUAGAGAUAUAUUUGAAGAGGGUAUCACCACUGUACUCACAGUUAGAGAUUUUACAGCUAUUUUUGACGCUUAUGCAGAGUUUGAGGAAGAGAUGAUCACAACCAAGAUGGAAAUGAUAAAAGAGCGAGAAGCAGAAGGAGAAAGAGACGAAGAGGAAGACGUGGAUCUUGACAUCAGAUUGAUGCGAUACGAACAUCUCAUGGAUCGUCGUCCUUUCCUAGUGAAUGACGUGUUACUACGACAAAAUCCAAACAAUGUCAUUGAAUGGCAACAGCGUGUCUUGCUUUGGGGAGACAAUAAGGAUAAAGUUGUCGAGACUUAUACACAGGCGAUACAAACCAUUCAUCCCAAAAAGGCGCAUGGUAAACUACAAGAUCUUUGGGCCAAAUUUGCAAGAUUCUAUGAAGACAACGGUGAUAUUGAAUCUGCUCGAGCUAUUUUUGAAAAGGCUGUCAAGGUCAACUACAAGACUGUGAAUGAUUUGGCCGAUGUUUGGUGUGAGUAUGCGGAAAUGGAGACGCGACAAGGUGAUUUUGAUCGAGCUAUUGAUACUAUGGCUCGUGCUACACAGACACCUAAAUUGCUGAAUAUGAAUUCAAAGCAUGUCAACUUCCAUGACGAAUCACUUCCUGUACACCAUCGAUUGUUCAAGAGUCUUCGUCUGUGGAGUUUCUAUAUUGAUCUUGAGGAAAGUGUAGGCACGGUAGAAAGUACAAAGGCAGUGUACGACAAGGUCUUGGACUUGAGAAUAGCCAACCCCCAGACGAUUGUAAACUAUGCUACAUUUUUGGAAGAGAAUCAAUACUUUGAAGAAUCGUUCAAGGUUUAUGAACGCGGUAUUGAUCUGUUUGGAUAUCCCAUUGCCUUUGAACUUUGGAAUAUUUAUUUGGAACGAUUCUUAAAGCGCUAUGGUGGUACGAAGUUGGAACGUGCCAGAGACUUAUUCGAGCAAGCUUUAGACCAGUGCCCGCCCAAAUAUGCUAAGCCGAUUUAUUUAAUGUAUGGCAAACUAGAAGAAGAACACGGAUUGGCCCGUCAUGCGAUGAGAAUCUAUGACCGUGCCACCAAAGCAGUUGCUGAUGAAGACAGACGAGAGAUGUACGAAUACUAUAUUGCCAAGGCAACCGAGUGCUUCGGUGUCACGGCUUCACGCGAGAUUUAUGAAAGUGCUAUCGAAUCUUUACCUGACAAGGACGUUAGAGUGAUGGCUCUGAGAUAUGCAAAACUAGAAGAAAAGCUUGGAGAAAUCGAGCGUGCCCGUGCCAUCUAUGGAUUCGCAGCUCAAUUGUUUGAUCCUAGGAAACAAACUGAUUUCUGGAAAACAUGGCAUGACUUUGAAGUCCAUCAUGGAAAUGAAGAUACCUUUAAAGAAAUGCUUCGUAUCAAGCGAAGUGUACAGGCAACGUUUACAUAA